UAAUAAUGUCCAAAUGUCCCAAAUCUCUAAACUGUCUUCCGUCUCCAUAGACCGAAUGUAGCCUCGCUGUUCCUUAGCAACCACUGACACAUCAUGUCCUGAUUGGUUGAUGGAUGCAUGUUUCCACCAAUAGCAAAGGGGCUGUCGUGUUGUGUUUUUAGAUCAUUUGAAGCGGACUAGCUCUCUCCUCUGGCCGGGUUUCAUUUUCACCGUAGAGUAUCCAGGAAAAAAUAUUAUUUGGCUUUAUUUCACCAGAUCGAUCCCAUUGAGAUACAGAGACCUCUUUUCCAAGAGAAGCCGAGCAAAGCUGCGACAAUUAAGAACAGACAGCAGCUCGACACAACACAAAUAAAAUACACAGAAGAUAAAAACAGCAGGACUAAGACUCGGAAUUUACAUUAAAACAAGGACAAGUAUGAAAUGUAGCUGUUCCGAGGGUUAGAUUCAGGGUUUCAGCGAUAGAACCAACCUGUUCCUGUCAGACUGAACUCAGGGAAACAAACUCUCCACGUUUACGUAACGACGGAGGCACGUAACGACGGAGGCACGUGACACUGGCGCGCGGGAAGUCUGGGUACGAAGUCCGAGACCAAAGCUUCUGUAGAACCCGGUAGAACGAGUUAGAUCAGGCGGAGCCAUGAAGGUUUAUUUCUGCGGCAGCAUCAGAGGCGGGAGAGACGACGCCCCACUUUACCGGAGGAUCGUGACCGCGCUGCAGACCUACGGGAGCGUGCUGACGGAGCACGUGAGCAGCCCCGAGCUCACCGACAGAGGAGAGGACGCCACAGCCGCAGGAGACCGCUACAUCCACGACCGCGACGUGGACUGGAUCCGACAGUCUGACGCCGUCGUUGCCGAGGUGACGCAGCCGUCGCUGGGUGUCGGCUACGAGCUCGGCCGAGCCGUCGACAUGAAAAAGAAAAUCCUGUGUCUGUUCAGACCGUCAUCAGGACGCGGUGAGUCACUAGAUCCAAUAUGGCCGACAGCCAAUCAGCUGUGUUCAGAUCCAACAUGGCCGACAGACAAUCAGCUGUGUUCAGAUCCAAUAUGGCCGACAGCCAAUCAGCUGUGUUCAGAUCCAACAUGGCAGCCAAUCAGCUGUGUUCAGAUCCAACAUGGCCGACAGCCAAUCAGCUGUGUUCAGAUCCAACAUGGCCGACAGAGAUCAGCUGUUCAAUGUUGGUAA